CUCCGCCUCCCGCCCGCCCCUCCCCGGCGGCCGGGCCCGCACGGAGGGAGCCGGAGCCGGCGCCGCGUAGCCCGCGGGGGGCGAUGUGACCCGGGCCGCCGGGGUGCGGAGCGGAGCGGAGCGGCGGCGGGAGCGGGGAACAGAGACCCUCCGAGCCGGGGAAAGAUGUGGCUGAAGCCCGAGGAGGUGCUCCUGAAAAACGCUCUCAAGCUGUGGGUCACGCAGAAGAGCAGCGGCUAUUUCAUCCUGCAGCGGCGUCGGGGCCACGGAGACGGCGGCGGUCGCUUCACGGGUCGCUUAGUUGGUGCCCUGGACGCCGUGUUAGACUCUAACGCACGCGUCGCUCCAUUUCGAAUUUUACUCCAAGUUCCAGGCUCACAGGUUUACUCUGCCAUUGCAUGUGGUGAGUUAUUGAACGGAUCAGAAGUUUACUGGGCCGUAGCUAUUGGUGCCACUGUAGAAGAGAUAAACCAGCACUGGGAAUGGCUGGAACAGAACUUGCUUCAUACUUUGUCUGUGUUUGACAAUAAAGAAGAUAUUGUUAAUUUUGUCAAAGGGAAAGUGAAGGCACUGAUUGCGGAGGAAACGAGCAGCAAGCUUGCCGAGCAGGAGGAAGACCCUGAGAAGUUCCGAGAAGCCCUGGUGAAAUUUGAAUCCAGGUUUAAUUUUCCUGAAGCCGAGAAGUUGAUCACCUAUUAUUCUUGUUGCUGUUGGAAAGGAAAAGUUCCUCGGCAAGGCUGGCUUUAUUUGAGCAUCAAUCAUCUCUGUUUUUAUUCAUUCUUCCUGGGAAAAGAAUUGAAACUUAUCAUUCCAUGGGUUGAGGUCCAGAAGCUGGAAAGAACCUCCAAUGUCUUCAUGACCGACACAGUCCGUGUCACCACUCCAAAUAAAGAGCGCGACUUCUCCACAUUCCUCAAUAUCACCGAGGCUUUCAGGAUCAUGGAGCAACUGGCGGAUGUGACGCUCCGAAGGCUACUGGAUAAUGAGAUCUUUGAACUGGAUCCAGGCCUACAGGAUCCUACUCAGAUUACCAAGAGGGAUCUUGAAGCCAGAGCGCAGAAUGAAUUCUUUCGGGCCUUCUUCAGAUUGCCCAGGAAGGAGAAGCUGCAUGAAGUUGUAGACUGUUCUCUCUGGACGCCGUUUAGUCGCUGUCACACAGCGGGAAGGAUGUAUACUUCAGACAGUUAUAUCUGUUUUGCCAGCAAAGAAAAUGGCUGCUGCAAUGUUAUCAUCCCACUUAGAGAGGUAAUCAGUAUAGAGAAGAUGGAGGACACGAGCCUUCUCCCUAAUCCCAUCAUUAUUAGCAUAAGGAGCAAGAUGGCCUUUCAGUUCAUUGAGCUGAAGGACCGGGAUACUUUGGUGGAGAACCUGCUCCAGAGGCUAAAAGAAGUGAACUCCAGCAACCCAGUGCACUGUAACAACUUGCAAAAUAAGAACCAGAACAGUCUUGCCUUUGGAUCUGCAUGCAUGCUCAGGGAUGGUGAACCUGCAUGCCUGGGAACAGAGACUUCACAAAGCAAGGAGAGAAGCGAAUGCGGAAAGGAGAGCAGCUGUUUGCUCAAUGCAGAAGCACUAAGGUCAGACUUUCAUCGGUCAGGAAUGGCAGGCCUUGAUUUUGGAAAGUCUAGGGAGCAAAUCAAGGAGAGUCUGUGGGAUGACCAUUUUGUUGAGUAUGGCAGAACUGUGUGCAUGUUUCGCACAGAGAAGAUCAGAAAACUUGUUGCAAUGGGAAUCCCUGAAUCCUUAAGAGGCAAACUCUGGCUGCUUUUCUCAGACGCUGUGACGGAUCUCGCCUCGCAUCCCGGUUACUAUGUGCAUUUGGUGGAGGCAUCCAUGGGCAAGUGCUGUAUGGCGACGGAGGAAAUCGAGCGUGACCUCCACCGCUCGCUGCCUGAGCACCCCGCCUUCCAGAGCGAGACGGGGAUAGCUGCCCUGAGAAGGGUGCUCACGGCGUACGCGCACAGGAACCCCAAAAUAGGAUACUGCCAGUCUAUGAAUAUUUUGACCUCUGUGUUGCUGUUGUAUGCCAAAGAGGAAGAAGCCUUUUGGCUGCUGGUCGCUGUGUGUGAGCGAAUGCUGCCAGAUUACUUCAAUCACCGAGUGAUAGGUGCUCAGGUAGACCAGUCAGUGUUUGAAGAGCUUAUAAAAGAGCAACUUCCAGAGCUGGCUGAACAUAUGAAGGAUCUGACAACCUUAGCUUCCAUCUCUCUUUCGUGGUUCCUUACCCUUUUCCUUAGCAUCAUGCCCCUGGAAAGUGCUGUGAAUGUUGUGGACUGUUUCUUCUAUGAUGGGAUCAAAGCCAUUUUCCAGCUGGGCUUGGCCAUACUGGAAGCCAACGCCGUGGAUCUGUGUAACAGCAAGGAUGAUGGGCAGGCCCUGAUGAUCCUAAGCAGGUUUUUAGAGCAUGUCAAAAACGAGGAAAGCCCUCUGCCACCUAUUGGUAAUCACCACGCGUUCUUCAGCGACGACCAGGAAGCCUCUCCAGUGACUGAAAUAGCUAACCUGAUUCAUGACUCCUACGAGAAAUUUGGAGACCACUCUGUGGCACAGAUAGAGCACAUGCGCUACAAGCACCGAAUCCGUGUCCUGCAAAACCACGAAGACACAACCAAGCAAAAUGUGCUCCGAGUUGUCAUCCCAGAUGUUUCGAUUCUUCCUGAAGAUUUAGAGGAAUUGUAUGACUUGUUCAAGAGGGAACAUUUAAUAAGAUGUUACUGGGACAUGACAAGUCCGGUCAUCGAGCGGCACGACCCCAGCAGACCGUACGCCGAGCAGUACCGCAUCGAUGCCCAGCAGUUUGCCAACCUGUACAGGCUGGUCUCGCCCUGGACCUGCGGGGAGCACACAGACGUCCUUGCCCAAAGGACCUUCCAGCUCCUGGAUGAGAACAUGGACCGGCUGAUUGAAUUCAAAGGGCUCGCCAGCUGCUUAGAUGUUAUGUAUAAUGGAGAAAUGAAUGAAAAGAUCAAGUUACUAUAUAAGCUGCAUAUCCCACCUGCUCUCACAGAAAAUGAACGCGACAGCCAGUCACCGUUAAAGAAUCCUUUGCUGUCGACUUCAAGACCACUAGUCAUUGGAAAAGCAAAUGGCGAUGCAGUCGAUUACCAAAAGCAGUUGAAGCAGAUGCUGAAGGAUCUAGCCAAAGAAAAGGAUACUAAAACUGAAAAAGAAUUGCCAAAAAUGAGCCAGAGGGAAUUCAUUCAGUUCUGCAAAACCUUGUACAGCAUGUUUCACGAAGAUCCAGAGGAGAAUGAUUUGUAUCAAGCCAUUGCCACUGUGACCACGCUGUUACUUCAGAUUGGAGAAGUAGGACAGAGAGGCAUCAGCCUGGGGAGUGGAUCGGACGAGUUCGGCGAGGACUUGCAGCCCGAGGCCUCUGCUUCAGACCAGGAUGCUGUUUUUACCGACACUGUGAAGACCCCUCAUCACAAAGACUCUCAACCUUCACCUGUGACCGAAGGGGACUGGACUGUCUCUUUCGAGCAUAUUUUAGCAUCCCUCUUGACUGAACAGUCACUAGUUAACUUCUUUGAGAAACCCUUAGAACUGAAGCCAAAACUUGAGAAUGCAAAGCUAAAUCAAUAUAGUCUCAAAACAAAUGGAAUGGGCUGCCAGUCACGGGGGGAGCAUACGAAACUAAACACGCAGUAGUAGCGAAUCUGUCAAAAACGAAAUGCACUGAAAUUAUGCCAAAGCACAUACUGUAAAAGGCUUUCAGUUAGCAGUGGACUUCUGAUAAAAAAUUUGUUGGCCUGUGGUUUUCAGUUGAAGAGCUUUAAAAGCUAAAGGGUGCGUAGGUUUGUUUUGUGCCAUUGAUCUAUUAAUUAUGUUCUUGUUUUGAAUGUAAAAGGAAACAUCUGUCUACAGCGCAAAGACACUGAAGCCCUCUUCCGCACACAGAGAGCAGAGGCUGGCUCCAGGUGUCCUUUUUUUGUUUGUUUGUUUUUUAAACAGGGAAAAACACUUCUCAGCUACUGUCCAUAGUUUGUUUGGGUUGCCUUUUUUGCACUAAUACUGAAAACUGUUUCAAUGCUGGUAAUUGAAACUAUUUUAAUAUAUUUGAUUGUACUCCAGUUUGUAUGUCUUGCUGAAAUGUCAAGUGUACAUGGACUGUGCUUCUGAUGUUGGUCUGUGAAAACAUGCACUUUUCAAUAAACCCUUUUUGUACUAGG